ACAGAGAGAGACAGAGAGAGAGAGAGAGACAGACAGAGAGAGAGAGAGUCAGAGAGAGGUACCAAGUCUUUGUCUUUGCAUUUGUUUGUCUUAUUGAACAGGCAUCUCAAAGUGUUUUCUGUCUGCUGGACACAUUUAUGAAUCCAAUCCUCAGAGAAGAAAGCUGUAGAACCCCAGAAGAAGAAGAAGAAGAAGAAGAAGAAGAAGAAGAAGAAGAAGCACAGGUGGUCUUCAGGAAGUGAACAGCAUGGGUGCUCAGGCCACGCUCGCCGUCCUCCUUCUGUUCUGCUCCUUAGUUGUGAACUCAUCCACAGCUGUGCAGAAGAAAGGAAACGUAAAAUUCGAGCACAAACAAUUCAUAAUGACAUGUCCUGAACCAGGGGAUUGGUUCAAGAAACAAGCCAAGUUAAAACCUUCAGCAGAAACCAAUAACUAUACUCAAACGUAUAAUGGCAAAACCAAAGGCUUGUACCACUGCAAAUACAAAUCGACAGGCGGCGUAGAAAAUAAAUAUUAUUUCUACGUGAAAGGAAAAGGGUGCGCAAACUGCCUUGACGUGAAGCCGGAACAUUUCGCGGCGGCCAUCGUUGUGGACGUGGUGGUGACGGCGUGUGUGAUGCUGAUGGUCUUCAGGUGCACCAAGAAGAAAAGCUCGGCCUCCUCCAAAGCAGCAGCUCGCCCGGGAGGCCGACCUCCGCCUGGCCAGUCCGAAUACGAGGUCCUGAACCGCCACACUCGCUCCGAGGAAUACUCCACCGUGAGCAGGACGGGUUAG